AUGGAUCAGACUAUCAAGCAAGCCCUUUGCAAAGUGGUGCACAUCGCUGGCAAAGGUUGGGACAAUAAAUUACCGAUGGUGUUGGCAGCCAUCCGGAGCAAUGAUGGAUUGGAUACUGACUACCAGCUCCCUGCCCCGGGGGGCCCCGCUCGGAGGGAAGAUGCCGGUGACCUUCGAGGAGGUGGCUGUGUAUUUCACCCAGGGACAGGGGGCUCUGCUGGACCCCGCUCAGAGAGCCCUCUACAGGGACGUCAUGUAGGAGAACUACGAGACAGUGACCUCGCUGGAUUCCCUCAUCCCAAACCUGAGCUGAUUGUCCAGCUGGAACGAGGGGAAGAGCCUUGGUUGCCGGAUCUCCAGACCUGCAAGGAAAGAAGGCUUCCGAGAUGCCCCCAUACAUCAGGUGCUGAGCGAGGGAGUGAGAAUGAGGAGGGGAAUCAUCAUGAGGAAGUUCCCGGGGAAGUGGAACCGCAGGGGACCUUUGUGGGAAGAGCCGAAGGCAAUUUUCCCCAGUGCUUGGAGCAGGCAGAAGCCUGGGGAAAUUGGCACAGGUCAGAGAGGCUUCUGGGAAACCACCCAGGGAAGAAAGUGGAUGAAUCUAUUAACAAUGGGGGAGGAGAGGAUGAUCCCAAGGAAGAGACACCCUGGCACUACCUUCAGUGUGGGAAAGGAUUCAUUGUGAGAUCACAGCUUGUGACACAUCAGACAAUCCUUACUGGAGAGAAACCUCUUCAAUGCUUGGACCCUGGGGAAAGCUUCAAUAAGCUCUCAGAUCUUAAUAACCACAGGAGAAGCCACAGUGGAGAAAAACCCUCUCAAUCCCUCGAGUGCGGGAAAUGUUUCAUUUCGAAGACACAAAUAAUUAGACAUCAGUUAAGCCACUCAGGGGAUAGACCCCACAAGUGCUUGGAAUGUGGGAAAAGUUUCAUAAGAAAGUCAAACCUUUGUGAACAUCAGGCAAUCCACACAGGAGAGAGACCCUACAAAUGCUUGGAGUGUGGGAAAAGUUUCAUACGAAGGUCAGACCUUGUUUAUCAUCAAGCAAUCCACACAGGAGAGAGACCCCACAAGUGCUUAGAAUGUGGGAAAGGUUACAUACAAAGGUCAGACCUUGUUAAACAUCAGGCAUUACACACAGGGGAGAGACCCCACAAGUGCUUAGAAUGUGGGAAAAGUUUCAUACAGAGGUCACAGCUAGUUCCUCAUCAGGCAUUACACACAGGAGAGAGACCCCAUAAGUGCUUGGACUGUGGGAAAAGUUUCAUAAGAAAGUCAAACCUUGUUGAACAUCAGGCAAUCCACACAGAAGAGAAACCCCACAAGUGCUUGGACUGUGGGAAAAAUUUCACACAGAGGUCACACCUAGUUCGUCAUCAGGCAUUACACACAGGAGAGAGACAUCACAAGUGCUUGGACUGUGGGAAAAGUUUCAUAAGAAAGUCAAGCCUUGUUGAACAUCAGGCAGUCCACACAGGAGAGAAACCCCACAAAUGCUUGGACUGUGGGAAAAAUUUCAUAAGAAAGUCAAACCUUGUUGAACAUCAGGCAAUCCACACAGGAGAGAGACCUCACAAAUGCUUGGACUGUGGGAAAGGUUACAUACAAAGGUCAGACCUUGUUAAACAUCAGGCAAUCCACACAGGAGAGAGACCCCCGCAAGAAUGUGACUUGAAAGACAACAGGGGCCGUGGAGUGGGAAGGACGGACCAAGGCUGGAAGGAAAUCCAGCCUGGGUACUCAGAACUGUGA